AUGACUAAGCAAGUUGUGGCUGCUCUACAGGUAGGUUCGUCCCCAAAAGGAACAAAAGAAACUUUGAAGAAAAUCCUCUCCUAUGAGCAGGAGAUCAAGGAGAAAGGGGUCAAGAUUCUAGUUUUGCCUGAGGCAAUCUUGGGUGGAUAUCCAAAGGGAAGUAACUUUGGCACAUACCUUGGAUUCAGACUUCAGGAAGGGAAGGAGGCAUUCAAACGGUAUUUCAAAGAAGCUAUUGACUUGGAUGGAGAAGAAAUCCGAGAGUUGGCUCAAUUAAGUAACAGAACUGGUGCUUUUAUUACAGCAGGAGUUGUUGAACGUGCUGGAAGCACACUUUACUGCACAAUGGUCUAUAUUGAUCCGGUGAAGGGCUACGUUGGAAAGCACCGCAAGCUACAGCCCACUGGAACCGAAAGACUCAUUUGGGGACAAGGAGAUGGCUCCACUUUGACCACUGUUGAAACUUCAGUGGGCACUUUAGGAGGCGCCAUUUGCUGGGAGAAUUUUCUUCCUUUGCUUCGUCAAGCGAUGUACGCCAAGGGCGUUCAGGUUUGGGCAGCACCUACUGUUGAUGGCCGAAAGAUCUGGGGUAACUGUAUGCAAACUUUGGGCUACGAAGGCCGUUUGUUUGUGGUCAGUGCCGUUCAAUUUAUGCCUCCUCCAAAGGAAAUGGGCUACGAGUUGAAAGAUUGGGACGAAAAUGAGAACUGCAUCAACGGUGGUAGUUUGAUAGUUGAUCCCUAUGGUGAGGUUCUUGCAGGUCCUUUUACAGGAAAGGAAGGAUUACUUCAUGCUGAAAUCGAUUUGGAUAAAAUCAUUGAAGCCCGUUUUGACUUUGAUCCCGUAGGACAUUAUGCAAGAGGAGAUGUAUUUCAACUCACAGUCAAUGAGAGAAGCCGAGAUGUUACCUUUACCAAAUAA